AUGGUUACAACUCAGUUACAUGAUUCACAAACAAGCCAACAGCCUAACGAAGGCGUGAAUUUUUUAGUUGUGAACGUGUGUAUGAGUGUAUAUGUAUUUGUGUAUGAACAUUCUGGUAUGAUGUGCUUCAGUGCAAGCUUGUCUCUGAAGCAGUAUGAAGAGAAGGUGCAAUCUGCAACCCCAGAAGAGUUCCUAGUACCAACUAACACAUGCAACCAUGUACCCGCCAUGUAUCUCAUCCAUGCAUGGACAAUGAGGAUAUUUUUUAUGUCAAAUGAUGAAAUUCUUCCAAUGGUCCCAUGCAAACGUACUCUCACCUACAGUUUGAAUAAUGAUGAAAACAUAAGUAAAUCAGACGGCCAACUAAUUUUAAACGCCGACAAACUCGAACGAAUCAUGGUACGAUAA